AAGCAGCAGCAUCUGGGUUCUUUUCUCUCCAGACUUCGCGAAGAUGUUUGCAACAAUGCUGAAGAUAGUUGCUAUUAUAGCAGCCCUUUCAGGCCACAUCAGCAGCGUGACUGUGACAGCUCCCCAGAGCAUGGUGAACGUCAGUGUUGGUGGAAAUGCCACUCUUCUCUGCACAUAUACAACAACUGGGUCUGUGGAUUCACUUUUCAUUCAGUGGAGUUUUUACAGUGCCAAAGCAAAACAACCUCAAACAAUCUAUUAUUUUCAGAAUGGACAGGCUUAUGAAUAUGGAGAGUUCAAGAACAGAAUAAAUGGGACAACAAACCAAGGAAAUGCAUCAAUAACAAUCUCCAACAUGCAGCCCUCGGACACCGGGUUCUAUACCUGCGAAGUUUUCAACCCACAAGAUUCAAAUGGACGGAACCAGAAAUCAGUGGCUGUCAGUGUACUGGUCAAACCUUCGCAGCCUCACUGUAGCUUACGGGGAACCCCUGAGACAGGCCACCUUGUCUCUCUCUCCUGCUAUUCUGAAGAAGGGAUGCCUGCGCCUACAUACCAGUGGUAUAGAGUAUCAGGGGAGACCCUCAAACCCAUGACAGAACAACUCAAUACAAAAACUGGGCUUUUCAUUAUUGGUAAUCUCACCACCUUUGAAACUGGAUACUACCGGUGCACAGCUAGUAACAGCCUUGGAAACAGCAGCUGUGAAGUUGACUUGUCUGCAGCACAUUCAGAAGGUGGUCUCAUUGCUGGAGCAUUAAUUGGAGCAAUUCUGGGAGCAGUUGUUAUCUGCAUUAUUGUCUGGUUUUUAACCAAGAGGGAGAAGAAAAAGGAGACAAAAGAGAAAGCAGCAAAUAGUGAAAUGCAACCAAUGUCUCAGAAACAACAGGCAAAUGUCGAAUAUGUUAAUAUACCCACCCAAGAAAAUGAGUCUGUUGCCACAGCUACACCAAGCAGAGAAGCUAAUGCAGCCAAUGAAUACUCUACUUCUAAGGAAGUUGCUGCCUCUGGAAUGCCUGAAAAUGAUGAGAUGCAAGGAGUGGAGACACAAGCAAGAGCCUAA